AUGAUUACCUAAUGUAUCUAAUACCUAGUACGAAAGCCUCGAACAUCACGACCUUUUACUAAAACCAUUAUCGUCAUCAACGUGCCACUUACACAAGCGCUUCCCGUGUCCAUUAAUCUUACGGCCUAUACGAAUCUACUAUCGAUAGCGUUACCCAGGGCUACUCGUUGUUGCAUGUAGUAAUAAUACCAGUGCCUGGCUUUCAGCAACGUAUCCUGCAUUACGAAUUGCUUACAUGGGACGUCCACAUUAAAGAAGCAGUCUCUGCGUAGUUUCUCCCACACGCCGUGCUUUGGGGAUGACUAGUACCUCUGGAACUCGACCUUAAUAUUCAAUUUUUAUAAUCCAACUUCAGCCAUGGCAGCGCCGACAGGGAACCAGGGCUGGGCUCAAUUGCGCCAACAAGCUCGAAGCUUAGAAUCCCAGACGGAGACGCUGUUUCAUACCUACUCACAAUUCUCUACCGUCCCUAAUAUCCCGGCGAAGCCGACUAAAGAAGAACGAGAGACGGAAGCAAAGCUAGAGGAGAUACUCGAUAAGAGGGACAAUAUCGUCAACCAACUCGCGCGUCUCCUAGACUCCGAAGCGAGCCUUACAUCCUCCGCCCUUAAGCAGAACAACCUGUCCCUCCUCCGCGAGAAGCUCGCCGAGCACAGACGAGAUCUAGGGCGGUUACGGUCCGGCCUGCAGGAAGCACGGAACCGCGCGAAUUUGCUCUCAAACGUCCGCGAUGACAUCCAGACCUAUCGAGCGAACAACCCCGAAGCCGCCGAGGCCGAGUACAUGCUAGACGAGCGCAACCGCAUCGACAACAGCCACAAUAUGGUCGACAGCGUGCUUAGCCAGGCCUACGCCACCAACGAGAAUUUCCUCGUGCAGCGGGAAACCCUGGCCAGCAUCAACCGGAGGAUCACUAUGGCCGCGAGCCAAGUCCCCGGCUUAAACACCCUGAUUGGCAAGAUCUCGGCGCGGAAGCGGCGAGAUAGCUUUAUCAUGGGCGGAUUCAUCGCGUUCUGCUUCGUGAUCUUCUGGUUCUUCUUGUAGGCGGUAGCGGCAAUGAAGAUCGGCGGCUUGUCUUUUUGGACUAGGGUGGAGAUAGAUACCUUGGCUUUUCUAGUUGGCGUUAUUUCCUGCAAGGCGUUCCGGCUAUUCAGAGGGGGCGAGGGGGCGAAAGUACGCUGUAUAAUACGAAGGGGAAAAUAUAUGCCAGAGACU